UGGGAUUCUACUAAAUACCGCUUCUCAUAUCCAUCAUAUAUUAAUUGGUUAUAUUGUGACAUGGUAAUUGAGCUUUGACGCUCACGUAUAAAUAUGGUACCUCCUCGGCUGCUGCUCCUGGCCAACAUCGCCAGCACCUCGGCCUUCGUGCUGCCUUUUUUGGGCCAAACGCCGAUGACAGUUGGGAAUUCGGAUUCUGAUUUUAAAUGUGAUUUGCCGCCUGUUCUCGAUCCUGCUGGCGAUGGACUACCGUCGGCAGCGAGUCUGUUCUCGUCAGACGAGGCAUUGCAUAGACAGGUGAAACGCCACCAGGCAAUUGUGCGGGUCCCGUCUGUCUCCUACGAUGAUCUGGGUGAAAUUGGCGAGGAUGAACGGUGGAAUCCAUUCUACGAGCUCUUCCCUGUUCUUCAAAAGACGUAUCCUACACUUCAUAAGCGGGCCAAGCUCGAGAAGAUCAAUACCUUUGGACUGCUUUACACGUUGGAAGGUUCCGAUCCCUCGCUAAAGCCUACUGUUCUCCUCGCUCACCAGGAUGUGGUCCCUGUUGCCGAUGAAUCCACAUGGACAUAUCCGCCUUUCGAAGCCCACUUUGACGGCGAGUACAUCUGGGGCCGCGGUGCGUCCGACGACAAAAACAGCCUCACGGGCAUUCUAUCCGCUGUCGAGGGACUCCUAUCCGAGUCUGACUGGGAGCCCAGACGAACUGUAAUCCUAGCCUUCGGAUUCGACGAGGAAGUUGGCCUCAACCACGGCGCUGGACAGAUCAGCAAGGUGCUCUACGAGAGAUACGGCGACGACAGUGCCGCUAUCAUCCUUGAUGAAGGCGGUUUCGGCUCGCAACCGCUUGAUGGGGAUACCAUAUAUGUGCAUCCAGCGAUUACGGAGAAGGGCAAUAUCAAUCUCUUCUUCGAGCUCCAUGCCAACGGUGGCCACAGUUCUGUUCCCUUGCCGCAUACGGCCAUUGGGAUUAUCUCUGAGAUUGUUGUCGCCCUGGAGUCUAAUCCCUAUGAGCCUGUGAUUACCAAGAACAGCCCUAUCCACAAGCGUCUGGUGUGUCAAGCGCGCUACUCUCCCAACUCUCAGCCCAAGAUCGAAGAGCUACUGAGGAAUGGGGACUUUGAGAACCUUGCGGUGGAAUUCGCCAACACUACACCGUUGAACCGUUUUGUAGUCCAGACUUCGCAGGCUGUUGACCUGAUCGAGGGCGGAGUCAAAAUCAACGCCAUGCCGGAAGUUGUUACUCUGGCCGUUAACCAUCGGGUUGCACAUCAUCAACGGCCUGUAGAUGUUCAAGUUAAGGCUAUCCAAGUGAUUGGAGACGUUAUUAAGAAGUACGGCCUUAGAGUCGACGCCUUUGAUGGUGACAAGGAAUAUCACGACCAUGUUGCCGGAUUUCAUCCAGAUGAUACUCCUUCCCGCAGCGAUCUGAAACGCCGCGAUGGAGGCGACGUCGACUACAACGGCAGCCUUGUCGUCCGGGCCAGAAAGGCCGAAGCAGCACCCAUCUCCCCUGCCGAUGAUCCGGUGUGGGAUGUGUUCUCAGGAACAAUCCGACACACUUUUGGAGCAGAGGGCAAGACCGUCGUGCCGAUUGGAGACAUUAUGACUGGAAACACAGACACGAGAUACUACUUGAAUCUUACCCGCAAUGUUUAUAGGUGGACGCCAGCUAUCGGCCGCGGACUCGAUAACACCCACACCGUUGAUGAGCGGGUGAGCAUCUAUGACCACUUGUACGUUGUUAAGUUCUAUUAUGACUUUAUUCGUAACUUUGAUGCGGCGGAUGUAUGAACUAUGUAUCAGGAUAGCUAUUAAUGAC